CAGCCUGCUGGCGAAAGAGGGGAGUGCUUCUCAGAACUCUCUGGGGUGAAAGGAGUUGGACCUGCUGUCCCCGUGCAAACAGAAUUGCAGAAGUUGAGCCGACGCUUAUCACUUCCCUGAGAAGAAAAGCACAUUUCCAGUUUCCUGGGCCUAAGAGCAAGCACCCAGCGCCCUUAGCCGCUCAAACCCAGGCUGACCUGUGCAUAUGGGACAGGGGAUCAGGAUGGGGUCUGUGCACGAGGCAAGUCUCUGCUAAAGAACUAGAGGAAGCAAUCCCAGAAGAACACGGUGCCCAGCACUGCCCAGACUCGGGAGCGGAAGACCAGGGGCGUUCAGUGCUUUUCUGACGAGUCUCCUUGCUAUGAUCCCCUGUCCUGCACAGAGAGACACCGACUUCUACAGGAGAAAUUGAUGCCCUGUGUCUUGAAGGCCUCACAGCAAUUCCAAGGCUAGAACCGACGCCUGUCUCAUGUGCCAGAAAUCCAGCCCAUGCUCUGUGUGAAACGCCCUGCAGAGCAAGAAGCACACGAUGGGGCUUUGGACGUGACAAGAGGGUCCCAGUGCCCCCUCCCCACAGAAGGCUCCACCUUGGGACUGGAGCUUCUAGGCUGUAACAGAAUGGACGAGGACCAGAGGACAGAGGAGAAUGGUGCUGGCCAGUCGUGCUCCGAGAGCCCGUCACAGCGCAGGGAGUAUCUCACACAGCCAUUGUCUGAACACACUUCAUCUUCCGAGAGCACUGUGACAUCAAGUGAUUCUGGAUCAGACAUUUUGCAAAUGGCGUCUGGUGACCUUGACUGCAAACUUCUCUGUGAGAAGGAGGAGGAAGCAAGAUCAGCCUCUGCCAUGCCAGGUGCCAGCCCCCCUCUGGAGAAUGCUGCCUCUGGAGACUCCUCGAGUGUGGGUGUGGCCAAGGCUGCAUCCCAGCUGGAAACAGGAGAGGAACUCAGAACCACGGAAGACAGAAGGAAGGUCAGUGCUUCAAGAGAAACUGAGGUCUCCACGCCCCCCAAAGCGGCUGUGAAGCUUGUUAACUUUCAGCAGAGCGAAAACACUUCAGCGAGUGAGAAGGAAGUGGAGGCAGAAUUCCUCAGGUUAUCUUUGGGACUUAAAUGUGACUGGUUUACAUUGGAGAAGAGGGUGAAGCUUGAAGAGAGGUCCCGGGACCUGGCAGAGGAAAACUUGAAGAAAGAAAUCACAAAUUGUUUAAAGCUUUUAGAGUCACUGAUGCCCCUGUGCGAAGAGGACACCCAGGCACAGGAAAUCAUUAAGAAGCUGGAGAAGAGUAUAAUGCUUCUCAGCCAGUGCACAACCCGUGUGGCCAGCAGGGCUGAGAUGCUGGGAGCCAUCAACCAGGAAAGCCGGGUGAGCAGAGCGGUGGAGGUGAUGAUCCAGCAUGUAGAGAACCUGAAGAGGAUGUAUGCCAAGGAGCACGCGGAGCUGGAGGAGCUGAAGCAAGCACUGCUGCAGAACGACAGGUCUUUUAACUCUCUGCCAGAUGAAGAUGACUGUCAGAUUAAAAAGCGUUCAUCUUCUCUAAAUUCCAAGCCAUCUUCUCUUCGAAGAGUGACCAUUGCCUCUUUGCCCAGGAAUCUCGGAAAUGUGGGGCUGGUGUCAGGCGUGGAAAAUCAUGACAGAUUCAGUCGGCGGUCGAGCAGCUGGAGAAUCCUGGGGACGAAGCAGGGUGAGCACCGCCCCUCGCUGCACCGCUUCAUCAGCACCUAUUCCUGGGCGGACGCUGAGGACGAGAGGUGUGACGUGAAAACCACUGAUGCCCCGGAACCACCAGAAGAAGAGACAGUAGAGAAGACCAGAAAGCCCAGCCUUUCUGAAAGGAGAAGCAGCGCGUUGGCCUGGGACAGCGGCACAAUCUGCAGCUCAGUGGCUUCCUGGUUCACUCACCUGCAGGCAUCCUUCAGAAGGGCCAACAGAGCGCUCUGGCUCGCCGGGCUCUUCAUCAUACUGUUCGCAGCGCUGAUGAGCGUCCUCACAGGUGUUCCCUCACCUGGAAAGAGACCGUGAAUCCUGGGAGUGCCAAGGCAUGCACAAGGAAGGAGCUGCUCGGUACCCAAACCACCCAGCUUGCAGACUAAGUCUCUCAUGAGGUUGAGCAGGCUGGCUCAGCCUCCCCAGUGCUGGGAGGAAAGGAGCGUGUCGGCAAACAUAGCGAAGAGCACUCCUCCUGCCGUGGUUCUGAACUGCUGUAAACCAUGAAGCAUCUCAGUACUUCAGUACUUCUGGAGCAAGCACUGUGGGACCCAGGGGUGCUGAUGCUGUGCCCAGGCACUGCCCUGGGAGCUGAGGGAGCAGUGGGUACCUAUCCAGAGACACGGGUUGAUCAGUGAGACCCAGCUCUCAAGGAGGCUGUGCUUAGGUAGGGAGCAACAAGUGGUGGCUGCUUUUGCCUCAGCUGAGCCUUGGGGGUGGAGCUCCGGGUGGAGCACUUGGCAUGCACGUAUGAGGCCCCGGCUUCCCACUUAGCUCAGAGAGAAACUCAGUCAGCCUUGAGCUUGAAAACAGUGUCUUUCCUACUCAUAAACAGUAAUGUGUCAGAAGUUAUGCCAAAUGCCUGGCCU